AUGUCGACAAUCACUAACGAUAUUAAGUUUCCCGAAGGCUUAAGAGUUCUCGUCAUGGAUGACAAUGUCGAUUGCUUGAAACUACUGUGCAUUGAUCUUCAUAAAUGCAAAUAUAAAGUUACUGCAAUAACCGAAGCAAUUAAAGCUCUUGAACUAUUGAGGAAGAACAAAGAUGAAUAUGACAUUUUUAUUACUCAAACCAAACAUACGGUUGAUUUUGAGUUCUUGAAGAUCAUAACCCUUGAAAUUGUAAUUCCGAUCAUAGUUAUAUCUGAAAACGACGACAAAGAUAUGGUGUUAAAAGGUGUGAUAAAUGGAGCUCGAGACUACCUUGUAAAGCCUGAAGAAAUUGUUCGAUCCACCAAUAUCGACAACUCCCAUGAUAAGAGAAAGGGAAAACAAAAUUGA